ACCAGAGGCCAUGGGGAAACCAGAGCAUAUCGACGACGGAGACCUGGAACUCCUCAAAGCCGUGGCCCAAGCCUGGCACGCCCAGAGCGGCAAAUCCAGAUCCACCCAGGAGUUCGACGCCCAGAAGAAGAACCACUUCAAGCGCCAGCCCUCCCGCUUCAAGCUGGAGGCCAUCGCCAUGGCCUCCAAGGCAUCCCAAUCCAACUGGGACUUCUCCCAGUCUCUCUGGGAUGCCUACGAGAUCGUCACCCUCUCCAAGAAGCUGGAGGCCAACCUCGCCUUGGACCAGCCCAUGCUCAGCACUCCGGAAUCCACUCGUCCCGGCAAGAGAGCAAGAGAGAGCAAAAACAUCUUAAAGAAUUUGCUCCAAAGAACCUCCUCCAAAAUACUUAGUAGAGAAGUUGAGCCAAGAGAGUAAAUGAACUCAA